AUGGGCCGUUUCAUGAGCAAGAGCAAGGGCAGCGUCAUUGAAAAGAUCCGCACCGACUUUAACGCGUCGAAAAAGGAGCACGUCGUCACCCUGACGCGGCUGCCGCCGAUGUCGUCGCAGCCGGCGCGGCCCGGCGCCCACGCCAUCGACCCGACCAUCUGGGCCGAGCUGCUGAUGCGCCUCAAGGAAGGCGUCGCGUCCACCUUUACAAGCACCGUCGACGCCCAGCAGGACGAGAUCCGGCGGUGCGAGCUCGGCCGCGGCCAGGGGCAGUGGGACUUUUGCUCGCACUUUCUCGCAAAGGACGCGCUAGCCCAGACGCUCGAGGGCGUCGGGCUCAAGGAGGACGCCGUCGCCCAGUACGAGGACCUCGAAAACGUCUUUGAGCAGGCGCUGCUCGGCGGCCACGUGUCGUUUGCGCCCGUCGGCGGCGAUGCGCGCGGCGACGACAGCCUGCCGCUGCUCGAGGCGACGGCCAAGAAGCCGUACCACGAGCUGAUCCGCCGCCGCGAGAUCACCCUCUUUGAUUUCCGCUGCUACCUCUUUGCGCGCCGAGCCAGCCUACUUGGCAAGCUGGGCCGCGUGGUCCAGGUGAUGCGCGAGGCGCCCCUCUUCAUCGGCGCCAUGCGGCGCAUGCUGCGCAGCAACGCGCGCGUCGAUCGCCGCAUGGUCGAGAGCUGGUCGUUUUCCGCGGCCCUCGACGUCGUCGAGCAGUGCCAGGCCUGGCUCGUCGAGCGCGGCGACCUGUCGACGGCAGGCGGCCCCGGCGGCGGCGGCCCUGCGCGUUCGCGGCUCGAAGGCAGGCUGGCAAUGGCCGUCACCGCUGGCGGUCCGACGAGCAGCACCAGCACCCUCGUCGAAGAGCAGCUGAGCCCGAUCUUCCACACGGCCAAGGCCGACCUGCUCGACCUGGCUCGGCGGCAGCUCGACAAGCUCGGCAUGGCCGUCGGCCACCUCCCAGGUGUGGAGCCCUUUUCGCUCUCGGCCGACGACGAGGGCGUGCUUGGGCCGUGCGCCAGGGACCUACCGCCCCUGCCGCCAGGUGCCGAGGCCGAGGCCGAGGCCGAAGCGGGCCUGGGUGCGGAUCCGGACGGCAAGGCUGCAGACGACGUGCGGUACCCACAGAUUACGCGGCCGGAGCUGCGCCAGGCGAUCGAGGACCGCGAACUGUUCGACUCGCACUAUGUUUCGCUGGUCGAGCGCAUCGCCGCCGGCCUCCGCGGCGGCGGGCGCAAGGGCGGCGUGCUGCGCAUGCAGACGCUGCUGGCGGCGCUCGACUUCCACCGCCAGCGCUUCGACAAGGCCUAUGCGGCCCUCGUUUCGCUCACCGAGCUCUACCAUGAGCAGCGCUCGUCGCCCAUCGAGGGACACCUCCUGGCUCGACAGCUCGAGUGCCACCGCCAGCUGGGCAAGCCGCGCGACCGCGCAUGGGUCAGCGUGAUCCGCGCCGCGCUGCGGGCCGGCCAGGGCGACCGUGGCCGUCCGCUUAUCGAUGCCUCGCAGCUCGACGUGGCCCAGGCGGACGACGUCCGGCGCAUCGAGCUCUGGCAGGACCCGCGCUUCCUGCUGCAGGAGCUGCGGCAGGCGGCGUCAACCUUCGACAAGGAGGUUCCGGUGGCCGGAAACCCAUCGUUCGCCAUCCGGCCCAUCAGCCGUCGCGCACGGCUGGCCGAGGUCGAGGACGGCUCGACGAUCCGGGUGGCCGUCGCCUCUUCGCUUGGCUUCGACCUGUUUGUCGACGAUGUCCGGCUGUGCUUUGUGGGCCCCAACAAGCAGGCGCUCUGGUUCACCACCGGCCGCACCACGCUGCGUCCCGGCGUCACGCACCUCGAGCUCUUCUGCAGCACGCCGGCGCACGGCACCUUUGCGCUCGACGUCUCGCAGAUCCGCCUCGCCCGCCUCAUCUUCCAGUACGCCUCGCCGGCCGCCUCAAUCGCCGCCUCGGUCGCAGCCUCUGGGGCCCAUGGUCCAUUGCCCCCGGCCCAGGCAUCGCUGCAGCAGCAACCCAGCGGCUUCUUGCUCGCCAUCCCCAAGGACGGCGGCGCGAUCGACGUGGAUGCUGGCCUGCCCCACGAGAUCCACCUGGACCGCCCGCGUGAGGUCGAGGUGGCGCUGCACUCCGGCCGCAACCACAUCGAGUCGGCCGAGAUCAGCAUCACGACGGCCGAGGGAGAGGUCGUCGGCGAUGUGGCCCAGGCGCAGCUGGUCGGGCACAGCAGCGGCAGCGCCCGGAUCGACAGCCACAGCGGCAGCGGCGCCGACGGCGACAGCUCAGCCCACGCACGGCCGGCAGGCCGCGAUGCCAUCCGCCUCGUCGACCAGGCGCCGAGGACCGUCGUCCGCCUCCGCCUGCCUCUGGUCGCCAAAAGCCAGGACGGCGGCAUGGACCUCGUCAUCGCGGUGCAGUACGUCGUCCGACCUGCCGAGGGCGCCCGGACCAACGCGAGGCGGACGCUGCGCAAGCACUGCCGCCUCACCAUCUCGCUGCCGCUCGGCGUCAACUUGCAGGACUUCUUCCGGGCCUCGAGCCUCUUUUCCAAAUUCGUCAUCAGCACCGGCGGCACGGGCUCGCUGCGCAUCCGGUCGGCCAGGCUCGCCGUCGACCGCCUCGGCCGAGGCGAGGGCGAAGAGGAAAGCAGCAGUGACGACGCCGACCAGCUCGAGGUCUCCGCCUGCGGCACGAUGCAGACGACGACCGUGACGCCGCGGCAGCCGGCAUCGUACCUCUUUCGCAUCCAGCGCCGGCACGAGGGGUCGACGGCGGCGGCAGCGACAGGGGAGGCGACGAGCGCGCAACAUCGGCCACGGCGGCCAGCACGACGGCUGCGUCUCGAGCUGCGCUACCGACCGCUCAACGACGAGGCCAAGGCCAUCGCCCAAUCGGCGUUGGCGCACCAGAUCUCGACGUCCGCCGCGCAGCACCAGGGUCUGCUCGGUCCAGACUCGCCCGCCAGGACUCUGCUGGAGCGCGCGCUGGCCGAGUACGUGGAUGCCAAGCUCGACCUGCCCGCCUUUUCGCUGACGGGCGAGGCGCGGACGGGCGCCUUUGACGCCGCGUGGUGGAGGCGGCAACGCGCCACCUGGCCCGACGACGGCGGCGGCGGCCGCGAGGCGGUGCGGGUCGCGGCUGCUACGCUCCAAGUCAUCGCAGCCGCCGACGCCGCCACCGUUGACGCCGUGGGCGAUGGUAUCGCGACGACACGAGCGGUGCCAUCCGGCGAGCCGCACGGCUCGAGCGACGCCGCUGCUGCUGCUGCUGCGGCCCCCCAACCCUGGCGGCUGCUCACGAUCCCCGUCGAUGUGCCGUCCAUGUCUAUCGUCAACUCUGUCACGCUGCGCAUCGACGACAAGCAGCCCGCAGCUCAGCCGUGCCCGCGCCCCGGGUUCCAGGCCACCAUCGUCGUCGGCCGGCCGGUGGAUGUCGAGGUUUCGAUCAGCACAUCGUUUCACUGGGGCUACGACGACGAAGACGAUGACGACGGCGACGACGCACGAGGGGCCCAGCCCACGUCGCAGCGGUUCACCUACGACGUGUCGGCCGACUUUGAGUGCUGGCUGGUGAGUGGGCUGAAGCGGUGCGCCUUCUCGGUGCCACGGCCGCCUCGCCCCUCGUCGUCGUCAUCACCCGCGCUGCCGAGGGAGACCAAGUUCACCGUCCAGCUCAUCCCGCUGCGGCCAGGCUGCCUCACGCUGCCCAGCGUCGUCGUCCGCCCCGUCGGUCCGGCACUCUCGCGGACGCCCCGCUCCGCCGUCACGCUCUCUCCGGCCGAUCCUCCUCCUCCCGACGACCUCCACAACGGCGGCAUCGGCGAUGGCGCCCAACCCUCGUGCGAGACCCACACUGUCAACUCGGCGGAGCGGGUCGAGGUGGUUCCGCGGCUGACACGGUCGACCUUCUGGCUCGACACGACCCAUCUGGAUGUCGAUGGCGGCGGGCCAGCCGAGGCAUGGGAGGUGGGCGGUACGAGGCGGGUCGACGAGCUGUUCGCCUAG